GGUCGGGCUUCUCAAUUUUGUGUAUGUUCUGUUGAUAGUUGUUGAUCUGUCAUCAUAAUAUUUUACUUGUAAUCUAUAACUGUUAAAACAGAAUCCAUCCACUUCAUUAAAUACAUUUACAGUAACUAUUUUGUUCGGAUUGUUGAAUUUACGUCCCCUUUGUGUACUAUAAAAAUGGCAUACUCAGUUAAUAUUUCUGUAGAGGCACCUAUUGAAAAUCAAAUCCAGGAAAUUACCUAUGAUGGCCAAGAAAUAUAUCAGACCCCAUUGUCUAUGUCUGAAAACCUUGCCAAGUUAGCUCAAAAAAUAGACUUUAGUAAAACAGCAACUGAUGAUUUGCGGAAAGAAAGUGAUUCUACAGACCAGACUGAGGGAGAAAGCUCCACUAAAGAUCCUACUUCUUUUCAAUCCUCACUUUGGCCAUGGGACUCAGUGCGCAACAAACUAAGAGCUGCAAUGACAGAAGUAUGUGUCUUGGCCGAUGUUCUGUCCGUAGCGAAGCAGAAGAGGUAUAUGAUCCUGGACCCGGUAUCACAACCAGAUCCAAUCCCUCAAGCUAAGGACAUGGCACAGAUAUAUGCCAGGAAAAAAGCUUUGGCAAGUGCAGCCGCAGUCCUGAUAAACGGUGGAGAUAGACUGAGGGCUACGCAAAAUGAAGCGGCUCGCAACAGAACAACUCAAGACUUUCAUAUAGAGUUGCUGCGUCUACGUCAGAACUGGAGACUGAAGAAGGUGUCUAACUCCAUCAUUGGAGAUCUCAGCUAUAGAACAGCUGGCUCCAAGUACGCACAGACGGGAAUGUUUGAGGUGACAAAGGCGGAGGAGGAGCCGAGCAGUAGCAACAGCCCUCCACCGUCGCCAGGGGUCGUCCCUUCAUCCAAACAAGCCUCCGCUCUGCGUGUCACUGUGCCUAGCGAGCUGCAGGGCGUGGCUUAUAUAAAGGUGUUCCCGCAGGUGUUAUGCCAGAAGGGUCAAGAAGACCUGUGCAGUGCCAGCAUCAACGUGCUGGGCUCUGGUCCGGCUAGCAACAACACCGAUCUGCACUGGCAACAGAGGCUGGAGGCUGCUCAGAACGUGCUGUUCUGCAAGGAACUGUUCAACCAACUGGCCAAGGAAGCUGUGCAGCUGCAAAGUCCCAUACCCCACAUGGUGGUGGGAAACCAGAUCAUGGCUACGGUUCUGCCAGGUGUGCAGCUAAUUAUCGGACUGUGCCAUUCCACGGGGACCAACAAGAAGUCAUCCACGCCUCAACCAAAGCCACAACACUCUCCUGACCACGACCACGUGUUGGAGCAUUCCUUACAUCAGCUGUUACGGGAGGUACAUCACAAGAACACCCACCACCCGUUCCCUCAUCCGUCGUCAGCACCACUGGGCCCUAGCAAGCGGAGAUGUCUGGCAGGACCCAACGCAGCCGACAGACAUCAGCUGUUGGAGAUGACCAAGAGUCAAACACUGUUAGAACAGAUCAUACAGCAAGCGCAGCACUUCUUCCUCCGUCUCCGCACGGAGUUUGUGCUCGACCAGAUCGCCAAGGACGUGAAAGAUCCGUUGAUUGUAAGUCACUGGAACGGACUCAACUCACCGACUCAGUCUUGCGUCAAGAUUUACAUUGUCAGCAGCGGUUACGACUCUAUCUGCAGAACAUCGUUAGUCGUACACGUCGGUGAGAAGAGCCUCAAGUGUGUUUGUCGCGACGGCAGAGUCAUGCACAUGAGCUACGAGACUCAGGAGCUGAGGGAUCUCAUAUUCUGUCAGAUUUACCAGCACCAAAUCAACGGACUGCAAGCGUUAGCCAAGUGUAUGGGUUGGCAGUUCCUAGCUAACAGCUGUCAUCUGGGCAUCGGACCUGUUGAAAUGUUGGGAAACGCAAGUAGCUGUAUCCUGGCGUCUCCCAUUGGCGAUCGGAUGAUUGCAGUGAGGUGUGAGCCUCAGGGAGGUGUGCAAGUGUCAAUCGCUCACUCACCUCGCAAAGAUUUCUUCAGCGGACAACUCGUCAAAGAACGGAAGUGGGAGAACUUGGGCGGAGCUUUUAAGGAGGUGAGGUGGGACAAGAUGGAGGGUAAGAACUUUCUCAACAAGAUGGAACUGUUGAUGGCCAGCCUGACCAGUUCAUAGUGGUUACCUUCGCUAUAUUGUAACUGUGACAUUACUCUCCUGACGUACUGAUCUCUACCAUUACAACAAGUGUACCCUCGUCAACCAAGCACAACAAUCCAAAUGACCAAUUAAAACGAGAAUAGGAAUUUCUGAGUCUAUUUAAUUGGUUAUUGAUUUUAGAGUAAGGAUUGUUUUGGUCAUUAAGAGUUGAAUAUGUUCUAAGUUGUUCAGAUUAUAAAUUUCAUAGACUCCAUGGUAUUUAUUUUUAUCAUUACACAAAAAUUGAAACAUUAUAGGUUUUUUGAGCAUAUACUCAAUUGGUUUGGUUUCAGGGCUGGAAAUCACAGUUGAAUAUACAUUACUUAAUCUGUACAGUUAGUUUUGCUGUUUUCACAAUUAAAAUGUAAAGUGGUAUUAACAAAAUUGAUAUCUUGGUCAGUUAAACUGUACAUUAAGAUUUUACUAUAACAAGAGAACUGAUAGUAAACAUAGGUAAUUGUUAGUUAUCCAAACAUUUUGAAUCUUGAAAUCGAAUACAAUAUAAUCGAGUAAAAAUACAGUUUUUAUAAAAAAAUUAAGUAAAAGAAUAUUGAAUGUACUGUUAAAUUAAUUCUUACUGUGGAAUUAAUCGUCAAACCAAUUUGCAUUGAAUUUAAAACUGAUUUCAUGAGAAUCACAGCAAUCGUGAUAUGCAACUGUGAUUGCCACGGCCCUCAACAUCCAUGAGCAUGUCAUAAAAUUACUAGCUAAAUUAUUAUUAUUUAUUGUAAUUGUGAUCCCUUUCCAUUUUGAUCGUAAAAAAUUUCCUAAAUUAAUAAAAAAAAAAAAUUGAAAAGAUAGGAAAAAAUUCCCUUGAAUUUUAAAUGAAUCCCUAUCAAGAUUCUGUUACGUUUGUGAGAUUUUAUUUUAAAAUCCAGUCCCUCAAAUCUUGUCUUAGGAUCUUUUCUUAAGAUUCGGUGGAUUUGAGAUUUUGGUUCAACACUAGUAUUCAUACAACAUAAACCUGUAUCUAUGGAAUAGCUCAAUAGCUCAAAGGUGAUCUAUGGAAAUGGAAAUCGCUCAAGCUUAUUAGAACACCCGCAUAUUAUUAUUGUAAGUUGAUAUCUGUACGAAUAUAAUUUCUUUAAAAAGGAGUCAACACUAAUUCCGUUAUUUCAUGGGACUAAUCUGUUAAAUGUUUAGUAAAAUGCCUGGGUACACUUGUUGGUUCUCUUGCCAAAUGUAUGAAGAAAUAUGAGUGAAAGUAUUAAAAACAUUUGGCUCAUUGUACCACAAUACAUUUUGGGCCGGAAAAGUAUUUUAAGUUUUCCUUUAAACAUUUGUGUUGAGUCUUGGGAAUGUUUAUUGUAAAUAUUGUGUAUAUGUAUAUUUUAACUAAGUUGUUUUUAUAAAUUUUGUUAUCAUCAA